CCUGGAUUAUGGCGCUUGAUGCCAAAUAUGUGAGAGCUAAAAUAUUUUGUUAUUUAUGGUAUUUACACUAGGUUAUGAGCCAAAGAUCGACAGGAGGUCGAUCUAGACGGCCCGAAAGAAUCUUUCAGGCUUCAACAUCAAGAUCUCCUGAGAAAAGAGUCAGAGGCGACGUCAAAGAAAGUGAAACAGAAACGGGGGGCAAAACACCGUCGUCACUGGCAGUCGGAUCGAAAGAAGGCUACAGAAAUGCAAGAGAUUCAAAAGCCAACAGUAGACCCAGACGAAAUGAUGUACAAGAUGGACGAGACAGAAGUGGUGGAAAAAAGACUGGUGCUAGAGCCGAAGGAACUGAGUCAAAGUCCUACUCUAGUGAAACGCUGAACAAAUAUGGCUAUCAGGGGUUUUCCCAAGAGUAUGUGAAUUCCGAUAUGAAAAGGCCACCAGAUUUGAAAGGAUUUUCAGAUGAAUCUCGACUGUCAAAGUUAGUAAGAAGAAUUUACAGAGAGGUGGAUAGAGAUCCUAGGGUAAAGGCCAUUGAACAGUUAUGGGACUAUUUACUUUUGCCAGAAAGUGGAAAGAUUGUGACAAGGCAGUCGGACAACUUGCUUGUGGUCCUUUAUGAAAUAUGCUCUGAAAAGACAUACAAAGAAGUGAAAGAGGAAGCAGCAAAAUGCAUGGGUGUUUUAGGCAGUGUGAUGGGUCUAGAUGUCCCAAGAUACUUUAACUGGAUCUUCACCAAGUUAACGUAUACAGAGAAUGAGGAUGUCAAGGUGCUGUUGCUGACAGCUCUGUUAGAGACACUGAAGCAUGAUGACAGAAAUCGGUUACACGACCAUAUGCCGAAUUUGAUGACCAACAUUCAAACAGUCCUUGAGAAUGCUGACACACCAGAAAUGUUGGUAGCAGUAGUUGAUGUGAUUAUUCACGUGACAAAACACUAUCUACAUGUUUUUUCAUCACACUUUAGGGAUACCGUGGACAUCUUAGUUGGCUGGCAUAUUGACUCUACACAAAAAGAAAAUGUCACACAGUAUACAUCUGAAGCACUUAUCAGUUUCCAGCCAUUUUGGAUAAAUGACAAGGACUUCUCUUUCACUUUACUUGGACAGUUCAUAGAGGACAUAGAGGCAUAUUCUGAUGAUCUCCAUCUUAUUGUCACCAAGCAAGUGAGUAAGGAUGAUGACCUGCCCACUGAGGAGGAGUGUCUGGCCAAAAUUGCUGCACUUUUGAGGGUGUUUACAACAGUCUUAAAGUGUCUUGGAACUUCCCUAACUCCUGCAGUUGCUGCUGUUUUGACGUUUGAGUAUCUGACAGAGAUUGUCACAAGGAUAACAAAGAGCAUUGAAACAACUUUGGAAGGUGGAUUCAAUGAACCCAUUGUACAAGCUGCUAAUUGGUGUUUAGAGCUUUUGGUGGGACAUCUCAAUGGCAGUGCAGCCCAGUGUAGUGACACCCUGCUGCCCUUCAUUGAAGUUCAGCUUCAGAAACAAGAAGUCUGCAGUGAUCGAUAUUGGAUAUCUUUGCUUGCCUUGAUACAGAAAGUUGUAGAGCAGAUUUCUGGAAAAGUGCCCCUGUCUUUCAUUGGCAAGUUCCUCAAGUCCGAUUCAACUCUUGGAAGGCUCAAGUUCUCCACCUGUGAUCAGGUGUUGAUGCAGUUUAUGUCAUUAUAUCACACAGUGCUGUCAUUGAAGAGUGUACCAUUAUUGGAGGAGGCAUACAGAUACUUGCUUGGGGACCUGGAAGUUGCCCUGAAUUGUUUGAUGGAAAAAUCUGGUUUUGAAUUGGAACCUCUUGUAAUGGCAAACCCGAACAGUGAAACUGUGUACAAUAACAAACAGGCGGAAGCAGUUGUCAUCUUCAAUCUUUGUGCUUUGUCAGAAGUUGGGAACAAUAAGAGUAAUUUAGUAGCUAUGUGGGCCUUGAUUCCCAGUCUGUUUGAUUUAUUUACCAAGAACCUGAGAGUUGCUUCCUCAGUUUUAGGAAUUCGCUACUCUGCAGUGCAGUAUGCUAUGGUCUAUACGCUGUAUUCACACUGUUCAAGACAUGGUCACUUCAUCUCUACCAGUCAGUUGAUUACCCAGAAUGCAAGUUCUAUCAUGGCCAGUCUUAGUCAGACCAGCAUUGGUCACUUGGCCAGCAUACUGAGUUAUCUGGCUGAGUUGUUGGAAAGUGACAAAACUCAAACCGAUACACUGCACAUCUGCUUGAAAUGGAGUGCAGAAAUCAUAGAAGGAACCCAGUCCACUCAGCUCAUCUAUGAAAGUGAAGAAUUCCUCAAACUUUUGCAAGCACUGAUCAUUCUUGGCUACCACAAAGAAAAACAGAUUACCACAGCAGCAUGCCAUUGUCUUCAGAGUGUGCUGAAACUGACCACUUCUUUCCCAGAUAACUUUAUUGACAGGUGCAUUGACCUCUGCCUAGUCCACAUGAGUGAUGGUGAUGCAGCAAUAAGAAAGGAAUACUUUGGGCUGUUUAGGUUGUUGCCAGUUAAUACAACAAUAAGCUAUGAAGGAGAACCCAGGAAGCCAUCUUGUAGUCAGGACCUGCAAAAUAACUGGCUGGGAAGGAGGGCCCAUCUCAUGAGACCUCCACAGGGAACAUUUCAAGCCCACAACUUCAAAAAUGUCAUGGGCUUCUUGCUGUAUAAACACAUGCCAAAUGAUUACAUGACAAGGAGUUGGUUGGAGAGGGUUUUCUACAGCUCACAAAGAAGACCUAGACAGGGAUCCAGUAGUCAGGAAUGGGUGGAGAUGUCUUCUAUGGCUGACAACAAUGAUGCCGUGUUGUGGUUCUGGUCCAUGUGGGAGGCUGCCCAGUACUUUAUAGUCUCCAGGCUCAGAACACCUCUAGGGAAACCUAAUGAGACCUUCAUGGCAGUGGAGGAGGCCCUCAAGAUGUAUAUAAAUGAGCUGAAACAGAAGGAUGAUAAUGAACAUCACCUUGCCAACGGGAACCAAUGUGAGAAUGAUACUUGCUAUAUUGACCACUUGAGAGCCAGUCUACUGCUUCAAUUCAUGGAAAACCUGGAGAAACUGCUUUAUAGUGCUUAUGAGGGAUGUGCUGUUGCCAUAGCAACACCUCCUAAGGCUGCCAGAACAUUCUUCAGAACAAAUAAGAAUACCUGUAUAGAAUGGCUCCACAGGAACAGACUGAAUGUGAUGCAGUUGGCACUACACGCUGGGAAACCUGCCAUGGCAGUUAGGCAAGGCUUUGAGUUGUUGUACGAGAUGAGAGCAGCAAAUAGAAUAAGGACUGCCGACUUGGAAGAGAUUCUGAUGUAUUUGGUGAGGGCUCUAGGUGACCUUCAGAGUCCCGAGGCUGUGCAGGGACUGUAUACAUGGUGCAAAGAACAGAUCAACAAGAAAAUGUCUUGGCUGAAAGCCAUUGUGGAGAAGGUUGCUGGAAGAUAUGAAAUGGCCGCCAGCAACUUGACAACUGUAUUAAAGAACUACUUGGCCCAGGAGAGCCAGAGUGAAGAGAGAUCUGGGAACAGUUCCUCUGGGGAUUCCCCUCCCAACAGCCCUAAAUCAUCAGUGAAUGUGGAGGUCCUGGUGCGGAAGUCCAUCCUGCCCAAACCCACAGAGACCUCCCCAGACCUGGCGGGCUUCAUUGCUGAACAGGUGACAGAGUGUUACAUGAACCUGAACGACUGGGAAGAAGUUCUAAAGUGGCAGCAGUCUGUGCAGGAAUUGAGGACAGAAAACGGAGGAACAUCUGGACAGAAACUGCUUUCAGAUGCCUUGGACCUGAAUUAUGUCAAAGCCCUGGCCAGCUUUGACGAGUUUGACUUUACUAGUGUUAAGCAACAUCUGGACCUAGUUCCUGGAGCAUCAGUUGAGGAUGAUGAUGCCGAAUUCUUGGAUCUAGAUCUGAGAUGGGACCAGACAGCAAUUUUGGAGGCCAUACAGCUUCAGUUUCUGAAGGCCACGACCCUGGUCAAAACAGGCAGUAGUGAACAGCUAACUGACUUGAUGAAGCUGUUGGAGCAGUGUGGAACUUUGAGUGAAGAUGUGUUGAGGAUCAACUGUAUGGAAUGGCCUGCCAGGUUGUCCCCAGAGGCUUUAUUGAUGUCACAUAGUUCUGAAAGGUUCAAGCAGUGGGUGAAUGGAGAGAACAAGAAGUUUUCUACAUUGCCCAUGACCAAGGAUGUAAAGGUGAAUGCAGAUGAAGACAAUGUUUCAGUGUACAAUCAGCUGUGUAGAAUUACUGCCCUGCAGCUUCAGUUCAAUGUAUACAGUGAUCCAGAAUUUUCAUCCCAGCUGUCACAACUUCAACAACUUCAACUGUCACAACUUCAACUUGCCACUGCCAGGCUGGCCAGGAAACAGAUGAACUUCAACCUGGCAGAAAAAUUCCUCAUUAAAGACAUGCACUCUGUGUUGCCAGAGGACGAUACGGCCAAGGAACAUUCAGUCUUAGAGACACUGGCCAAAGUCCAGCAGCGCAAUGGGGACAUAGAUGAACAUCAUUUGUUGUUACUGGAGAGAGAGACGUCCAAGUGGCUCCAUGCUAACUCCCAGGUUCAGGAGGCCCUGGAUGUGACCAGUAACAGUAUACUAGCACACUGGGAAACUGAGGCUGGAGAGAAUACUGUGGAGCUUGUUUCAAGGUCAUUGUUGAGUUUUGGCAACUGGCUUCAGUCGGAUCAAAAGACAUUUGCCUCACUGAUCUCCCAGCUGAAGAUGAGUGGGCAGGGGGAUGACAUUGCUGUGUCAAGGCUGGCCUCCAAUCUCAAGACCCUGAUCGACAUAGAGAGCAGUAUAAAUGAUGAUACAGAUAUUGAUGAAAGACUGUGGGAGCACCCAGUAAUUCCAGAGACUGACAUGGCCCUGGGGCGCCUGUUGCACCUGAGUACAGGGCAGUGCCCCUCCCUGGCCAAGAGCUGGUUUGCCUUUGCUGGCUGGUGCUACAGGUGGGGCAGAAAAGUUGUAGACACUGCUAGCCAUGGCACUGUUGAAUUAUUGCCUAGAGAAAAAGAACAGAUUUUGUCCAUUCUUCCAAAAGGAAUUAACAAGGAAGACACAGACAACAUUCUGAGUACAAUGAGUAAAGUCCACACUGGUAUUAGUAGUGAAGAAGACAUCAGUGAUCAGGACCAGUCUUUGUAUGAUGAUGGCACUGAGACAACUAGAAGACAGUUACUGAGUGGCUGCAUGGCUCUCCAGAUAGCCAGUGAUGACUGCAUAGAACAGCUGCUCAAUGUGUGGAGAGGGAUAGUACACAGAAUCUACCACUACUAUCAGCUGUCUGCUAAGGCUUACUUCACAUACAUCAAGCUGAAUUCUGGGUAUGACACAGACAGCAAUGAAGAUGGUAACAUCACAGCCACCUUGAGACUACUGAGACUGCUGGUGAAACAUGCCUGGGAAUUGAGAGACAUCCUGGAGGAUGGACUGGCACAGACACCUAGUGCUCCUUGGAAAGGCAUCAUUCCUCAGUUGUUCUCAAGACUGAAUCACCCUGAGAGUUAUGUGCGUCAGAGUGUGUCAGACCUGCUGUGUCGCCUUGCACAGGAUGCUCCACAUCUCAUUGUCUACCCUGCAGUUGUAGGGUGCACUUCUAUUCAGAGAGACAAGAACAGCACUACCAGAGACAGUAUGCUACAGCGUUACCUGUCAGCCCAGGAGGAGGAGGCAGAAGGAGACCAGGAGAAUGAGGAGCUGGAGGAGACUGAAGAUGAACAUAAUAAAAUGUUGCUACAGGAUUACCUGUCUGCUCUGGUAGAUACACUGUCACAUUACAAUCCAAGAAUGAUAUCAGAAGUGCAGCUGUUUGUCCAGGAGCUGCGUAGAAUCACUGUUCUUUGGGAUGAGCUGUGGCUGGGCAGCCUGAACCAGCAUCACCCCGAUGUCAGCAAGAGAAUCACACAGCUGGAUAACGAGAUCAGGAAAGUGAUGAAUAACUCUUCCCUGUCCAAAGAGGAGAAAGAAGUCAUUGUGAAGGAGAAACAUAACAUUGUGUUCAAGCCUGCUGUCUACACAUUUGAGCGUCUGCGUGAGCUAACCUCCCAGCCUGCGGAGACCCCCAAUGAACAGUGGUUCCAGCAGACAUAUGGGAAGACCAUUGAUGAUGCACUGGAACGGUUGAAGAACCCUCCAAAUCCAAGCAGCCCCAGCAGCAGCUGGCAGCUCUUCAAACAGCUGCAUCACAGCUUACAGCAGCGUGCACAGAAGAGAAGCAGUUUGCUCCUGAAGAUAGACGAGAUCAGUACAAAGUUGUCAGAGUUAAAGAGCACUGUGAUUGCCAUGCCUGGACUCAGUGGGACUGGUCAGGUUGUCACUAUUGAUUCAAUAUACAACACUGCCCAGAUACUGCCUACCAAGACCAAGCCUAAGAAGAUGAUCUUUAUUGGCUCGGAUGGCAGGAAGUACCCAUAUCUGUUCAAAGGUCUUGAGGAUCUACACUUAGAUGAGAGAAUUAUGCAGUUCUUGACCAUUGUAAAUAACAUGUUUGCCAAGUCAGACAAGGGCAAAAAGAAGAAGCACUGUGCGCGUUACUACUCUGUGACCCCCCUGGGUCCCCGUUCUGGUCUAAUCCAGUGGGUAGAUGGAGCCACCCCCUUGUUUGGUCUCUAUAAAAGAUGGCAACAGAGAGAGGCAGUGGCACAGACUUUGAAAAUUCAUGGACAGCAAGCACAGCAAAACCCUAGUAUUCCAAGACCAAGUGAGGUUUACUACAGAAAGCUUACACCAAUGUUGAGAGAAAAGGGUGUAAGUAACCUAGAGGUCAGGAAGGAGUGGCCACUGUCUGUACAGAGACAAGUGUUGGAAGAACUGAUGAAGGAGACUCCAGCAGAUCUGCUAGCUAGGGAGUUAUGGUGUAGUAGUACUAGUUGUCAGGAGUGGUGGCAGGUGACCCAGACCUAUGCUAGGUCCACAGCUGUCAUGUCCAUGAUAGGGUACAUUAUUGGCCUCGGAGACAGACAUCUGGACAAUGUGCUGGUUGACUUGACCUCUGGGGAGGUUGUUCAUAUUGACUAUAAUGUGUGUUUUGAAAAAGGAAAGAGCCUCAGAGUACCAGAGAAAGUUCCAUUUAGACUGACCCAAAACAUUGAGACUGCUUUUGGAGUGACUGGGGUAGAGGGCACCUUUAGAAUUUCAUGUGAGCAUGUGGUCAAGGUGAUGAGGAAGGGGAGAGAAACCCUCCUGACUCUUUUGGAAGCCUUCGUGUAUGACCCGCUGGUGGACUGGACCACUGGGAAUGAGGGCGGCUACACUGGCGCCUUCUACGGUGGAGGACAGAGUGAACUGGGGAUGGACGCCCAGCAGAGCAAGAAGGACAUGGAGAGAGAGAUAGCACAGAGUAUGUUCUCCGUGAGAGUGGUGGAGAUGAAAGCAGCUUGGAACAAGAACAGAGAGGAGUUAGAGAGCUGCCUGCCCAAAGUUCUUGAAGUUGUCCAGUCUCACCUGAAGUCUGAUCAGGACCUGAUGGCAGCCAUGAGUUCACUGGCAAAACUGAAAGCACAGAAAGGAAUGCUGCAGGAGGCCAAGAACAACACCAAACAUGAUAUAUACUCGCUGCCGGCAAGAUAUGAAGAGCACAUGGUCCUGAAGGCCACUAGGACAGCUGUAGAGGAGGCUGUACAGGAGAAGAUGAAUGACUGUGAGAGCUGGCAGAAAUUACAUGAGUAUGCCUUGUACAUUGUCCAGGGCCAGAAACUUCAGCAGAUGUGUGGAGACAUAGGCCAGCCCCUCAGUUUACCAGUACCCAGCUAUGUCACUGCUAUUGAAUUCCUCCAGGGGGCAGGGCAGUCACAGGCUGUGGACCAGUGUGAACAACUGGAAGGAGAGCUUUCCAACAUGUUACUUCAGAGAAGAGCAGUUAUUGGCAGCUGUCUGGAUGUGCUCCAUACAUAUGCUACCAUAGUAAACCAGUACCCAAGGGCGUACAUCAAGCAGAACAGAAGUUACAGUUACCAGGCUUGGUUACAGGAACUUAUCUGUGACUUCACAUCAGAAAAAUGUAAAGAGAUCCGAGAGAUGUUUGAGGCAGACUAUCGUCCUGACCCUACAGUGAUCCAAGCCUGCAUCCAAGCUGUCACCAUUACUGAAAACAAACUGCAGAUGAUGGUGCAGGAAGCCAACAACAGGCUCAUCAAGUUGAUAGAACGCCGUAAUAUGGAGACCAUAGAUACCUCUGUCCUAGGCAUCCAUGUGCAAGAGACGUCCACCAACAUCCAACAGUUUCUACAGGAGAAUGGUACAGAGGGCAUCACCAGCAUGUCCAGUGUGAUUGUGACAGCAUUGUGCUCACUGAACAAGCGUUAUCUGGUGAUGGAAGGAGCUGCAGCAGCUGCUGGAGAUCGCCUGAUGGACCUGACAUCUCGAGAUGGGGACUGGUUCCUGGAUGAACUGUGUAGUAUGAGUGGGAAUGUAAACCAGCUGCUUUACCUACUGCAAGACAUGGCCCAGGAUUUGUUAAGAGAAAUGACUAUGCUGAGUCACACCAUGCAGACAGUGAGAGCUACACACAAUGUAUACAUAGCUUUGCAGGACCUGAAUGUGAACUUCAAAAGCAUCAUUCUACCAGAGAGUCUGAAGACUAUCCAGGCCACAGAUAAGUCUGUGAUCAGUGUGUUGGACCAGCUGGACUCCCUGGUAGAGGAGUGUGGCACCCCUCUCUCUGGACUACUGAAACAACUGGAGGGCCAGCUCAGGAACAGGAUCAUGGGCAUGCAGGACCAAGAUGACAGUGAGUGCAUUACAGUGGUCAGACAGUUGAGGUUGAAAUUUGAUGAAUUAAUCCGAGGCUCAGACACAAGUGACCUGACCCCUGGGCAGAUGUUGUUAAUGGGAUUUAAUGGCCUUUUCACCAGACUGGACAGUGACUUUUCUGACCUCCUGGAAGCCUUUAACUCCAUCCAGCUGCCUGAUGUCUGGAGGAAAGUGGAUGUGAUAAGAGAGGCUAAGUCUUUACAGUUGAACGUGUUCAAGGAGGACACUUUGGCUCUGAUGUCUGACAUUUUCUUUGUCAAACGUGUCCAAGCCAUGCUAGAGUUCUUUGACCUAUGCCAGCAGCUGGCAACAACACUACAAGAUCCCCAUGGUGGAGAAGUCUUUGAUGAUGAACAGUUGGCAAAGCCUGUUAAAAGGUUCAUAGCAGACUUUGUCAGGAAACAGCUGAUUGGUCUGCCUUCCCAGACCCUUGGCUACAGUCUGUGCACCUAUAUAAAUGCCCUGGGAGUGGACGUGACAGCAGAAAUAGAACUAAAGGACAUAGGAGCAUCAUCUAAGGUUUCUAUUGAAGACCUGUGUAAGAAGACAGUGGAUAUGGGGCUGAAGAAUGGCUACUUCUUACCCAUGUUACUCACCGAGGCCAGUGCUCUGACCAGUAGCCAUGAUUCAGCUUGGAGAAAACAGGAUCUUGCAAAGAGGCUGGACUCCAACAUCUUGCUCCUGCGGGGCAACCUUCAGCGGACCCAGCUUCAGUUAGCCCGGUACCAGUGGCUGCAUGAGGACCUGUUCACCCAGGCUGGGCGACCCCUCAACCAGAUGGCCAUGCCACUCAGGGCUAGCAUCAUGUCCGAUAUGAGAAAGAGCAUGCAAGCCCUGGUUGGCAGUGAGAGUGGUGUGACCAGCAUACAGGAGAAGUAUGUCCAGGUGGAGGCCAGUAUUAGUCAGAGACUCAGGUGGGCAGCAGGAGCUAACCCAUCUCUUAACCAGGUGCUGCAGGACUUUGAUGAGGCUCAGAACAGGAGGAGCACUCUUAUUCAGAGUGAGAGUUGCCUGGCCAAUGAAGUGAGCAAGCUCUGUAACGCCAUUCUUCACUGUGAGGCCAUGAGAACUCGCACUCCUGAGGCUCUGUCAUCUGACAAUAACUUUGUCACUCUUUUAACGAGAUGUGAGGAAUGCUGUGUGAUGACAGAAUCUUGCGAGAGCACUGUGACUGAAAUUGAAGAAAAACUCAUGGAAGAUAAGCCAAUAAAGUCCAGCCAGGGUAUUGACUUGGACUGGAUUAGAUCUGCCUUGGAGUUUGUCAACAAAGAAAUCUCCAAUCUUGGCGGGAAGUUGAACAAGUUGAAAUCUGCCACAGAAGCUACCAAGGAAUUGGUAAGAGGGGAGUUGUCUGCUGUGAAAGCUUGCCUAGGAACACACCACAAGCUUAUGUCAGAUGUGCGCUCAAUAUUGAAAUCACUGGCAAAGUAUGAAGAACAGGAUUUUGGCCCUGAUAUCAAUCCAGAUGGGAUUAGAGACUACAUGAACAAGUACAAGAGUUUCAUUGAAAAUUUUAACUCGCUGCUGAAAUGUGCCUCUUUGGAAGAUAUAACUGAAGAGGUUGUAGAGGAGAUAGAGGCCACUCAUGAUACUCUGGAGGAGAUUAUCCCAGGGAUAUUUGAUGAAUUGAUUAAGUUUGCCACACCACUGAAUAUCCAACGAGGUGUAAAUGAAGAAAAUUCACCAACUUUGAGCUUUGCUACAGCUCUGAAGAAGCAGGUAGAAGAGCCUCCUAUGCUGGUGAGAAAGCCAUCUUUACUGAGCCAUAAGUCUGAGCUGACUGGCACUCCACCCACUAGCCAGUCAGGAAGUAGCAAAAACCCAGUACCUCGUAAACAGGAAAGGGUUUCAAGGGACCCAAGAACUGGAAAAGCUGUGCAAGAACGCAACUCCUUUGCCGUAAGUGUAUGGCGAAGAGUAAAAAUGAAAUUGGAUGGGAGAGACCCUGACCAAAACAAGAGGUUGUCAGUAGCUGAACAGUAUGAAGAACAGGAUUUUGGCCCUGAUAUUAAUCCAGAUGGGAUUAGAGACUACAUGAACAAGUACAAGAGUUUCAUUGAAAAUUUUAACUCGCUGCUGAAAUGUGCCUCUUUGGAAGAUAUAACUGAAGAGGUUGUAGAGGAGAUAGAGGCCACUCAUGAUACUCUGGAGGAGAUUAUCCCAGGGAUAUUUGAUGAAUUGAUUAAGUUUGCCACCCCACUGAAUAUCCAACGAGGUGUAAAUGAAGAAAAUUCACCAACUUUGAGCUUUGCUACAGCUCUGAAGAAGCAGGUAGAAGAGCCUCCUAUGCUGGUGAGAAAGCCAUCUUUACUGAGCCAUAAGUCUGAGCUGACUGGCACUCCACCCACUAGCCAGUCAGGAAGUGGCAAAAGACCUUGGUCAUUCAUUUUUUUAAAAGACCCAGUACCUCGUAAACAGGAAAGGGUUUCAAGGGACCCAAGAACUGGAAAAGCUGUGCAAGAACGCAACUCCUUUGCUGUAAGUGUAUGGCGAAGAGUAAAAAUGAAAUUGGAUGGGAGAGACCCUGACCAAAACAAGAGGUUGUCAGUAGCUGAACAGGUUGACUUUGUCAUCAAAGAGGCUACGAACCUGGACAACCUAGCAGUAAUGUACGAAGGUUGGACAUCCUGGGUUUGAAUCGACCAAUCAGAAGAGAGAUAACAUGGCUCUUAUCCCAUCCAUCCUACAGAAACCCACAGAGAAUCUCGACAGACGAACUCUCGUUGCUGAGAUACAUGGGGACUGUAGUGUACUACAGUACAGAAAGAAGAGUACAACCACCAUACAAAAAAAAAAGAGAAGGCACACCAAAACACUCUCAUCGGCCCGGCCGGAGGGCCAUUUUAACAACAGAGAGAUUCCUUUCAUUGGUGUGGAAGGUUUAACUGAGAAAUGAACUGAGAAAAGGCAUGUCUAUGAAACAUUGCCUGUGCAGAAAGAAAUAUCAUCUGUGAGAUCAGAUAUUAAUUUGAGAAGAAGAUUAAAAUGAAAAUGUAACAAAAGAGACUAUCUAUGUUUAAAAAGAUAGCCACAAGAGCAAUUAUCGCUUUAAGGAGAAAAAUGAAGAUGUUAAUGGACAAACGUUACCAAGUGAAAGAUCGCACUGUUGAAAUGAAAAUUGAGGAGUGAGAGAGAUGUAUUCAUCUGUUUCAACUUUAAAUGAACUUUAACUCGUGCAGGUGGCAUAUAAUUUUGCAGGAAUGAUUAUUUGGAAAAAUCAAGGUGACAGGAGUUUUUGAUUUAAGCAUAAUGCUUGGUAUAUUUAUGUGUAUGUUUUGGUGUCUUUAUGGAAUUAUUAGUCGCAUAUUAAGAUAUUAACAAUUUCAACAUAAAAAUGUAAUCCUGUCUUGUAUACAUUACAUAGUUUGUUAACUGCAGUAUAUAAGCGCUUUGUUUGCCACAUCGUUUAAAAGACCAAAAAAAAAAAAAA